GCUUACAUAUAGAUAUAGAGAGCGGAUGUUGUGAAUAAGUCUGGAGAACAGAUAAUAUUGAAUUUGUAAAGAAUUUGGGGGCUCUACCUCUUCGAUUUUUUUUAUUUGGUUGGGGGAAGGAAGGAAUUCAGCUGACGUAGGUUCCGUCCACUGUUCAGGUUGAGGAUGGGGUCCAUGUCGGCGAAGGAUGGCCGUCCCGCCCAUGACGGUGGUGCCGCUUGUCCUGUCGACAUGACCUCAGCGACUAUGUCGGCUGACCGUAGAGGUGCUUUCGAUGGCACUAAUCAUGAUGGUCCAUCAGAUGCAACGUUGUCGGUUACGUUAUCGACCAUCGUGGUGGACUGCCAACCGGCGGCAAGUUCCAAGCGGUACACGAUCGAUCAAGUGCUGGAACAAUUUGUCGGCGAUUUCGGUAGAGCUCAGUUCUGGCAGUUCGUGCUCAUCAGCUCAGGAUGGAUUCUGAAGGCCUUUCAUACCUUCGUCAUCAUUUUCUCCGAUCGGGAUCCCACAUGGACUUGCGUUGAUGACGUCAACAGGUGGUCGACGAUGACGGCAACUUCGGGGUCGUCCACGGCAGCGUCGGCAGGGGGAGGAUCCGGAUCCCGAGGCGUGUGUAAUGCCUCGUCGGCUUCUUCAAUCUGUGAACUGCCUCCCGGCACGUGGCAAUGGACCAAUCAGAAACGUUCGACGAUCUCUCAGUUUGGCAUGGUUUGCUCCAGGGAGUUCGAGAUCGGCUUGUCGCAGUCGGUGUUCUUCUUGGGUUAUCUUACGGGUGCGGGCUGCUUUGGUUCUCUGUCGGACGGCCGGUUGGGUCGGAAACGGUCGCUGAUGCUGGGUGCCACCGUGGCCGGCGGGUUCGGCAUGCUCACGGCCUCCUCGCCUUCUGUCGCUUUCUACAUACUCUUCCGGUACCUCACAGGCGUCGGCACGGCGGGAAUCAGCUUGAACGCGUUUUCUCUGUCGACGGAGACCAUCGGGCCGCGCAAGAGGGGACGAGUGGGUACAUCUGCGCGGUACUUCUACGCUAUGGGCAUGAUGGUUCUACCUCUUUUCGCGCUCCUCGCCUCCGAUUCCUGGCGGAUGGUCAUGAUCAUCACAGGUAUACCCUCGCUGCUCUUCACCAUUCUGUGCGGCUUGCUUGCCUACGAGUCUCCACGAUGGCUGCUUGUUCACAACAGGGAGGAAGAGGCCUUGCGCAUGCUGAAGAAGCUGGCAAAGAAGAACCGGUCCUGGAUUCCCGACUACGUUACGCUGAAGUCGGCGACCGCGGUCUCGAAGGAGACGGCUGCUGUCAAUGCCACUCCCGAUUCUGCCCUCCAGGCUGUUACAGUACGGGUUACGUGUGAUUCUUCCACUUCUUCUUCGUGUUCCGACGAGCCGGUCUCUCGCACCGAUGCUUCACUGCCUCCCCCUGCCGUUCCUUUCUCCUGUCGUUCUUCGAUGCAAGCGGCCACCAGCUCUCUUGAAACCGAGGCAGCAGCGACGUACCCCGGGCCGGAAAAUCUGGACGUCGACAGCCAUGGCAAGGGGAGCCUACCGGUGGCCACCGCCUCGGCGUGCUCUUCAGAGGCGUCAGAGGACGUAACAACAACGCACAUCGCCGGCAAUGGACGUGAUCACUGGCAGGAGAACCAGCUCCGGAAGGGUACACUCCCAGCGCCGAAUGAGGGGAACGAAUACUCCGACGUUGAGGGGCGUCGUCAAUUCCUGGAGAUGGAAAUGGAUCGGGAUCUGCAGGAGGGGGAGGAGUCUGAGGAGGAGAACAAGAAAUGGGAACACGAGGAGGGUCGUUGUUGCAGCGAGAGUAGUACUGAGAACGCAAGCGUGCCAUUGCCACCUCGGAUCGAUGUACCGCAUGACGUAUGUCAUGAGUCUGUGCACGUGUCCGGCAAGCUAUCUUCUGCAGAGCAUUCUUCUGAUAUGGCCCUGCCUUCUUCUCUAGGGAAUGCCGAGAAUGACGCGGGCGCAAACGACGGUGGCUUGCCCUCCUCCUCUUCUCCGGCCGUUGCAGGUAUCAGAAAGCCGGGUGUUAAGUCCUUGGCCGAAACGGACAGUGGGAGAGCGAGCGAGGCGGCAGCGGGAGUGUCCUCGAGAACCAAGAAGCUCAACGCCUCAGCGUCCAAGGAGAAGGUCGGAUUGCGCGAUGUGUUCAAGUGUAAGGAAACGGCGAAGAGGAUGGUGUGUAUUGUGUACAUCUGGUUUGCAUCUUCGAUAGCUUAUUAUAUAUCGAGUCUGAACCUCGGCAAUCUCGGGUCGAAUAUAUACAUAAGCACCUUCUUCAAUGGUUUGGUGGAGGUUCCUGCCUUCGCUCUUGGAACGUUCUUGAUCUCGUUUUGGGGCCGGCGGAUGUUGCUUUUCGACGGCCUGGCAGUCGCCGGGGCCAGUGCGGUGAUCGUCGGGUUGAUGCCGCUUGCCCUUGGACAUGACGUAGUCAGGGGAUCAGGCGCCGACUCCACCGUCCGUCUGGUGGUGGCUCUGUUUGGCAAGUUCGGCAUCGCUUUCUCGUAUAAUGUUCUUUAUCUCGUCAAUUCUGAGUUGUUCCCCACGGUAGUCAGGAACGUCGCCAAUGGAACCGGAUUUCAAGCGGCCCAGCUGGGAGCAGCCAUCGCUCCGUUCAUAACCGUUCUUGGAAGGACCAAUCAGGUCAUCCCAUCGAUGAUCAUGGCGCUGACGAGUUUUUCUGGAGCCUUCGUCAGUCUUUUGCUGCCGGAGACGUUCAAUGAACCACUGUACGAGACAAUAGAGGAAAUGCCGAAGAGCGCUUCAGCUCUCCGGACUCUGCGAAAUACCUUUGUUUGCUGCAAAGAGUGCAAAGCAGCUGGCUGCAAGAGGGGGUCCUGCAAGGGGAACGACAACUUGGAGUGCAGCAAUCGGUGUUCUCGUACAGCCGAAUGAAUGACAACGAGUUGAAUGAGAGCAUACGAAGGAGGUAGGUCAGACUCGCUCAAGGAAAUUUUGCCUCUCGAUGUCGUCCUUUGUGCUGAGAGUGGAAUUGUAGUGAUUUGUGGAUGGAUAUGGUUGUGCUGGUGUCUAAUGAAUGGCCUUUUUUUUUUUAGCGGGGGGAGGGGGGGGCGUGGGGGCGGAUGGGGAUAAACGUACGAUAAAGGGCCGUGGGCUAG